AAUAAUUUUAUCAGUAGUCUUUGCCAUCAGAUGUUUCGGUUGUGUUAUGUUGCAGUAGUUGACAAGACUACCAUAUUAGGGUCAUGCACUGAAGGACCAAGGGGCUUUUAAUGUAUGGUUGCACCAAAUGUAUGUACAAUAUUGCACCAUUAAGCCCACGUCCACUUAAAAUUCGGUAGAGUAAGGUGGUUAGUUCAAGAUAGGCAAGAUGUUUGUGGUCCGUUUGACCGUGUUAUUGGUAGCGGUCACAGCCGUGCGCGCUAGGCCCAGGCUUCAACUCAACGAGGGUUGGAUCGUAGGUGAAACCGUACAGUUUACCGAUCCAGACUUUCUAAACGUCAGCGCUGAAGUCGACAUUUACAAGAGUAUCCCAUACGCGGAACCGCCCAUCGGUCUGAACCGAUUCCGGCCGCCAAUCAGGAAGCGAGCGUGGGACGGUGUCAGGCAGUGUCGGCGGUUCAAGCCCGCCUGCAUGCAGACUUUCCCGUCUCUGAGCGGAAUCGACGAAGAUUGUCUGUUCGUUCACGUCUACGUGCCUCACAACCUGUCGGCUAAUGCUGAUGUGAUGGUAUUUUUCCACGGGGGCGCCUACGUGUUCGGAUCAGGGUCCAUGCCAGAAUACACGGGCUACCCUCUGGUGACCGUCGGCGGCGUCAUCCUGGUUACCGUCAACUAUCGUCUGGGACCCUUCGGGUUCAUGACAACAGGCAAUAAUGACCUUCCGGCAAAUGUGGGUAUGCUAGACCAGGUGAUGGCGCUAGAGUGGGUCCGUGACAACAUAGAGAAUUUUGGAGGUGAUCCCAACAAAGUGACGAUCUUUGGUGAGAGUGCGGGGGCGAGUAGCGUGGGUCUGCACCUGCUGUCCAGGCGGAGUGCCGGCCUCUUCCGUAGAGCAAUCAUGCAAAGUGGUGUCCCCACGACAACCUUCGCCUAUCGUCGCGACGUAAAGGAAGUGAUCCAGGAAACAGGGCACAUAGCGGCCUCCGUAGGCUGCUCCAACCGUACUUCCUCCGAGAUGGUGCAAUGUAUGCAAAACGUACCAGCGAGGGAACUACUGACUACGGCAUUCAAGGUAACUAUCUCUUUUCAACCUGUGGUGGAUGGAUUCUUCUUACAAGACUACCCGGAGACGCUUCUCAUGAACGGUGACUUCCCAACUGACGUGGAUAUUCUCCUAGGCACCUUGGCCGAUGAGGGCUCCACCUACGCUCUCGUAGUCGACAUGAGGGCCUACAACUCCCCAACACCUCCCUACAUGAACAGGACCAAAUUUCUGGAAUCCUUACCCAGGUAUCUCUACCAAGCCGACGAGCCGGCCGUCUACCAAGCCCUGGACGCGGUGUACUCCACCACCGAUCAGCUUGAAGACCCUCACGCCGACUACUUGCAGAACUUCGUCCGGAUAACAACGGACCAGAGUUGGAUCGCUCCGGCAGACUGGAUGGCGAAGGCGCACCUCAAAGCCGGCUCAACCGUGUACAUGUACCACAUGACCCACCACCCUACCGUGUCGGUCAUGGACGUUUUUUCCCUGGGACCGGGAUGGAUGGGCGCGGCACACGCUGAGGAUCUGCCGUACGUCUUCGGCAAUGCCUGGGCCCAGGAGCUGUUCUAUAAGACUAAGAUUCCCGAAGACAGGGAGAAACAACUUGCCGUUGAUGUAAUGACCUACUGGACGAACUUUGCUAAGACUGGAGAUCCGAAUGGCCCCAGUCUCCCAACGUGGCCGAAAUACACGAUGCCUGACCAGCUUUAUAAGGAUAUCUCACUCGAGCUCGGCAAUGGGCGCGGGCUGCGACAGAAAUACUGUCAUUUCUGGAACGACUACGUUCCUAGACUCCUCACAAUGCUCGGUCCGAUGGAAAAGACGACGGCGGAGUAUGAAGACGAGACGAGACGGUGGAGAGAGAGCGAUAUGUCGGCGUGGAUGGCCGCUCUAGACACACUCAUAACGUGAACACGGAAAUGUUCAAAAUCUUGCUCGACAUAACUACUUUCCAGUGUAACUGAUCAAGGUUAUUUAUGACCACUUUAAUACAUGACAUCAAGAAAAGUAUAUUGUGUUUCCUCACUUUAUUUUGAUAUUUUAAAUGAGUUACGAAUGAGAGCUCAGUAUGGUUCCAAUAUCAUCGUCCACAUUCUGAAUAAUUGAAAGUGGUAGGCUUAUGUAGUUAGAAACGUUUGAUUCAGUUAACAGCGAAAUGAGUAAAAUCAGCCCAAAGAGCAAACGGGGCAUAAUGAGUAGUCAGGGCAUUAUGUUAAACGAUUUCAUCCGUUUCUUGCCAUUUGGAGAUUAAUCUACAAAGGUGCAACAUUACUAAGGAGACACGCAGAAAAUGUACAUGCUGAACAGGAAUUUUAAGUUGACGGUGAUAUAAAGUUAGAUUGAACAACUGGCGCCCUACAUGAAAUCUCGCUAAAACCCGUCAGAUCUCGUGACGGUCCUUGAACUCGUUGAAGAUCGUUACAAAAGUCACCAUAAGGUACGCACAUAAUUUCUAUUCAGUGACAAAUAUAUUUGACUUAAUGUUGUAAUGAGGCAAAUAUACGACCCCCUUUGUUGUUUUAUUGACAGAA